AAUACCGCGAAAUACGAACUCCGCUAAGAAAUGCGAAUAUCGCACGCGCGGCAAUAAAGUUACAUUAUUGAUCAUGCAAUUUUGCCAAUCGAAAUAGUGUUCUCCUGGUUUCGAUCCGUACAAGUCAGCGAGGAAAUGGACAAAAAUAUUCCAGAAAUCAUGACGAUGUACAGGGCUACAUUUGCUGAGUUUUCAUUGACUAUCCUGACCAGAGUAUUGCUUAUACUUCUCUUGUUUUCAAAUGGGAUACUGCUGACGUGGGCUGAGGAGUGUUCGUACCUCCACCAGAUUCCAAACUGUAGGGAGACACUUCCGAUAUCUAUUCCUAAUGGAUGCAAGCAAGUGAGGAACCUGUCGCUUCGUGAACGUUUGAUUACCGAGCUAACACCAGCUACAUUUGUAGGCUUUACAUUAUUGACGAAGCUCGUUCUAUCUCAUAACCAGAUAUCCAAAGUAAGUGCAAACACUUUUACUGGAGCACCACAACUGGAGACCAUAGACUUGAUGUAUAACAACAUAAAUACCUUAAGCCAGUUUGCACUCAAUGGCUCAGAUAACCUCCAGAACAUCUACCUUGGACGGAACUACCUGGUAGCUGUAGAAGAGACAACAUUUCAACAAGCACCGGCACUAAGGCGCAUCGAUCUUUCGUGGAAUUACCUUGUUAACUUAAGCAAUACCACCUUCCAACAUUUAUGGAAUCUUACAUAUCUUAACCUCCGCAUGAACAAACUAGUGACUCUACCCAGAGACAUAUUCAUGGACGAGUCAUCGUUGAUCUUCUUAGAUUUAUCGGACAAUUUGUUAGAAACCGUUGAAUCCAACCAUUUUAUCAAUCUGUUAGAAUUGAGAAAACUUGAUUUGUCUGGGAACAGGUUGAUGGACAUUCAUGGCAAUGUUUUUUCUCUUCCACAUAUUGAGAGGUUGGAUUUACGUGAGAACGGGUUACAGCAUCUCGGCAAUGAAACCUGGUUCAGUCAUGUUGAGAUGUUGUACUUAGAGGGUAAUCCAUGGGUGUGUGAUUGUUCUUUACAGCCUUUUCGUUCAGGAUGUCUCCGAGUGUCCCCAUUCUGUAACAUCAUCGAUUCUCCAGUCUGUACCAGUCCUAGUGAUCUAACUAGCCAUCCUAUGAAAGGGUUCAUCAAUCAGACAUGUCAGGAUCUUCAAAACAAGGUUAUCAUGGUUAGGAAUCUAACUGACGAUAAAAAGCCAAAUAAUAAAAAUAAUUCGUAUAUAACGCGACGAGAUGACAAUAUUAGUGUAAUACCGAGCUCCUCAUAUUACGUAUUUGUGGUUUUGGUGCCUUUGUGUAUUCUUUUUGCCUACGUUUAUUAUUCGCUCAGAGCUCUUAGAAAAAUAAAUAAUGCCUUACCUUUUCGAAAUUCAAACAAUGAACAACCUGUAGUGCCUUUUAAAGAACCUGCCAUAAAAGUGCACUGUGAUCGUGGGGAUAGCACCCCAAGUAAGUUCCCGUCCCAAAGACCCAACCCACCAACCACACCUUCAAAGAAAAGCAACAAACGUUUAAGUGGGACACAACUCGAAAUAAACAAGUGUAAGAGAAAUUUGAACUGCUUUUUCGACGAUUCAGACUCUUAAACAGAUAUCAGUUUGGUGGUUCUCAAUACAUAAUGGAUAUUUAAAUAUGAAUACAAGGUGUCGCCACAACACAAUUGAUAUUUUGUUAUCAUUACACUGUUCCUAGGGGCGGAACCUUCAUCUACUAUUAUUUCAGUUAAAAUGUUUCCAGUAUAACACGGUUGUAAAUAUACAUGUAUUUAUACAUUGUAACUAAUAUCCUGCCAAUAUCUUAUUUUGUUGCAAUAAGUCUAUGGGUGAUUCAGCCUUCUCUACUUUCUACCAAGUCCCUUUUCUCAUCAUUACUCUUCAAUGUUCUCUUCACCUUCAAUUAUGAUGUGCAAUGUAGCCUUUCAGAGAAUACACGCCUUCCGUUCUCUGUAUAAAUGUAUAAUAAUAUUGUAAAUAUCACAAUAAUAUUGUUUGAAAAUAUUUUUUUGUAUGCACGGUUGGGAGUAGAUUAGACAUAAAUGUAUACAGAAAAAUAAUAAGCAAUAUGAAAGUAUUUAAUCCACAAAUCUAUACCCCAAUGGCACAAAAAUGUCAUUAGUUUAAAUAAAUAUGUAGUGAUAUGGAAAAAACAGUUAUUUCAUUGCUGGUGAAUAUUUUGUACUAUAUAGGAUUGUAUUAUAUUAUCAUAUCAUAUAUUUGAAAUGUUUAAGAUAAGGCGUACAUGGACUUCAAAACAUUUGAUAGGCUGAAAACCUGUUGGCUGAAGUUAUACUGUCAUAACUGUCGACAUUAUGUUGAAUAAAUUUACAGUGCAGUAUCAGGUAUAAAGAAGAAUGUUUACUAAAUUUUCAUGAUAUAAAGAAUUUUCCAAAUUUGUAGUGAAAUUUCACCUUUUUACUUAAAAAAAAUACAAACUAUUGCUCUAACGUGUCCCAACAAAAGUAUCAAGAGAUUUUAUCAGUUAUUAUUUCUGCAAAACUUUGUUUUCAUUGACGUUUUGGACUGUUUUUCAUUGCAUUAUUUAUUUAUAGUCAUAUAACUACAGAAUGAAAAUAAAAUGUUUUACAUGUCAUAAUAAUGGACAUUUUUAUGUAUUUUUUAAAUUGGAAUUGAAAUGUAUUGCUGUGAUUUUAACUGAAAAAUAUUAGGUUUUCUAUAAUUAAUAUUUUAUACCGGUGCCAAGUCGAGCUAUAUUGACACAAUACAUCCCUGUUCACCAACCACACCAUACACUCCACACACACACACAUCCUCACCCAAUUUCACACACACAUACACCCACACACAAACUCUUACACAUCCUUUCAUACCACGUACAGACACACACAUACACACCCGCACGUCCACACACACAUCCUCAUUGGUCCCCGCAUCCACCUCUCAAACCAAGUAUAGUUAUUGUAUAAACAGACCUGCAUGCAUCCAUCCAUCCUUAGUGACAAGUGGUGUUACAUUCUAACAAUGAGUGGUCAGUUGGAUUUUUGUAGGUCUAUUUUCUCCGGCCUUAAUAUUUUAGAGGGCAUUGUACAUUUAGGAUAGUAAUAGAGUUUUUGGUUCAGAACGAUGUAACUAUAAGGAUGAGGGUUUAUUUAGUUUUUGGAGUUAGGCUUUUAUGUUUUACGAGCAGAUUUUCCAUUGGAGCAAUUGUCGCCGGAGUAAAUGUCAUGAAACCUUGCAUUUAUACUUUACCCUGUUCGAUUCGAGUCAUCAGUGAAUGUGUUAAAGUUGCAUUUUAGCUUACUAUAAGAUAUUCAAUACUAGAUCGCCUUGCUGACCUUUUUAUAUAGCCUACUAUUAUGUUUAAGGAUAUUGCUUUUGUGUAUGACUUUGAGUAAUGGAUUUUAUAUCUUGCCACAUGCAACUAAUUGAAACUGAUAGUGUGGAGCAUACAGUUUAUUCCCUAGGACCGAUGAACAGGCAUAGUGACAGUCCUACAAUAAGCAUCGUUGGAUAAAAGUAAAAGUAAGUGAAGUAGAAAUAAGUAUAUGCCUGGUAUAUGGCACGGUGGGAGGGGAAAGUUUUUUUCUGUUCUAUUAAGCUAUUCACCCCUAAAGGAAUAGUAGUAACACGAUAAGGAUAAAAAUAUAUUUUUAGAGAUCUGAGUUCUUAAUAAUUUUUUUCAGUAGGUAGAUCCGUAAGUAAUUCCGUCUCGGAGUCUCAUUUGAAAGUUUUAUCUUGUUUACUUUUAAACUGCCCUUUUUUUCUUGUAUGUUCCUUGAUUUUAUGUUUUGAUCUUGUAAAUCCUUAAUAAAUAUUGUAAUUUUUGUUGUGUUUUUUGAAUAAAAACUUAAAUAUAC